AUGUUAGAUGCUAGCCUUCUCGCUCCUGCUCUCUACUUGAGGAUUGAGGACACUCGCUUGCUGCUAAAGAUUGAUUGCGUUCCUCACAUCGUGAGAUUGAAAAAGACUUGUGGGAUCUCCGACGUUUCUCUGUUAAAAGCACGUUUUCAACAGCUUCGUACGUCUUUGGCUAAUUGUCGUCAGCUGGAUUCUACCAUUGAUGACUACUUUGGUCGCCUUACCAAAAUUUUGGAUGCUAUGCAAGAGUGCAAUCCGAGCUGUUCCUGUACUAAGUGUGAAUGGAAUUUGGCCCUCGCCAAAGAACAAGAAAUUGAUCAGAUUCGAGUCCAUGAGUUUGGACUAGACGAUGGAACAAUACGACAGCAACUAUGUGCUCAAGCUCCUACCCACCCCUGA